AUGGCUGCCUAUGUUAACAGUGUGGCAGCAAAAGAUAUUCACCUCAUCGAUGACAAUGGUCAACUGCUUUCAGAAAAAGAAAUGACUGAGUUUUUUCUUACUGCACUAGGUGGAAAAGGUGGUAAAAAUACACUCCAUCAAAUAGGUGUGAACUAUCACGUUGUGGGAGUCUUUGGUGGUCAAAGUAGUGGUAAAUCUACCUUGUUAAAUAGGCUAUUUCAUACCCAAUUUCAGACGAUGGAUGAAUCGCGUCGGCGUGGACAGACAACAAAGGGUGCCUUCCUUGCACGCGCCAAAUUUGAACGAGAUGAUGAGCAAACAGAAGAGGAAUUCACAACAAGAGCAGCAGCAAUGGCAACAAGGGAAUCAUCAGAAAGCAAAGAGACAAGUGAACUUUCAUCACCACUUUUUGUAUUGGAUUUUGAAGGAACUGAUGGUAUUGAACGUGGUGAAGAUCAGAGUUUUGAACGUAAAUUGUCUCUUUUUGCUCUUAGUGUAGCAGAUACACUUAUCAUUAAUAUGUGGGCCGUUGAUGUGGGUCGCUACAAUGCUGCAAAUAUGAGUCUCCUUCGGACCAUUUUUGAAGUGAAUCUUCAACUUUUUGCACAUGAUCGUUAUGUAAAAGAAGAAAAACCAACACUUCUGGUAGUACUACGCGACUUUACGGAGGAUGACACAGUUCACUACUACAACACUGUUCGUCAGUCGCUAGACAAGAUUUGGACUAACAUCGUUAAACCAGAGGCUUUCCAAGAUGCAAGUAUAGAUGCUCUCUUUAACUUGCGUUUUCAUAUUCUUCCACACUACAAACUGCAACGUCCUGCAUUUGAUAAAGCCAUCAAAGAUUUUUCUCGUUGGUUCACUGUACCAUCGUCUGAUCACUAUUUAUUUCAUCGUCGUGAGAUGUUUCGAGGUGUUCCUCUCGAGGGUAUUCCUUCUUACUUGUCGAAUUGCUGGGAAGUAAUUAGUAACAGUAAGGAUCUUGAUAUUCCUACACAACGUGAAAUGCUGGCGAGACAUCGUUGUACAGAGGUAAAGCGUACUAUUACAUCUACAUUUGAAGAGUGUUGUCGGGGCUAUACAGAACGGUUACAAAACGGGGAGCUUGUACCUCAACUAUCAAAGAUGUUAGAUUCUGAAGUAGAGAGACAAGUUUACCAGUUUCGUUCAGAGACAAAACUUUAUAAUCCUACUAUUGUGAAAGACACAUUAGCAGAACUGGAAGAGAAUCUUCUUACUGCAGAGUUAAAACUUCUUCAACAAUACGCAAAAACUAUAGCGGUAGAGGUACUAGCUUCAUUGGAUACUACUAUAAGUGUUUCUGUAGAUGGGACAAUACGAUGGCUUUUACAGGAAACGCAAAUGGUGCCCUUUAUUACUGGGAAUCAAGGAGUUGAUGAGGAUAGAGAGAGGGAAUUAAAUGGGACUAGAAUAAGCAAAUCACACAAGAUUAAUACUUUUAUAAUGGAUAGUAACAAGUGUAAUAAACUUGUUUUUGAGUUUUGGUCAAGACUUUGUCGUGUUUUACAGGCAGAUCUUGAUGUCCUUUACAAUAAACAGGGUCAUCAGCGUCAGGGGCAAGAGCCAAAACGUCCGGGAACUAUCUACGGUCGUUUUUCUGCCCUUGUAGCUCAUGAUUUAGCGAUGCAAGAAUGUAUUGGACAUGUGGUGAUGGAUGCAGUAUACCAAAAGGUGUGUCAUCGUUUUUCUUCAAUGGCAGAGAAUGCAAGUGAGACGAUUCACCAAGCCUUUGAACGUAUUCUCACUCGAAGACCUGAUGGUACGGUACGUUUCUUUAAUACUAUAAAAGGACUUCAAAGUGCUGAACCGCAAGCACGUCAAUCAGGUCUCGUCCUACUCGGCUGUUUACUGUAUUAUCGCCUGAAACUUGAACAUAAUGAGGCUAAAAAUGAAUCUGACGAAAACAAUAUUCAUGGGGGAAAAAAAAAUAUCAUCGGUAGCAGCAAUAUCAGUAGUAAUUGUAGCCGAGCUGUUAAACAUUUAUUAAGUGAGCGCCGUAGCUUACGAGUCCGCGACAAUAGCGCGGAGAAAAGGUUUUUCUUUCAUUAUACAACAAUAUCAGAACCUCCGAGUUAUCCGACUGAUGUUCCUAUGGUGACACCUGGAUCAGCUGUGGUAUCAGAUGAUACCCUUGAUGGAGAUUGUAUUUUGCUUAGUCAGCAGGCAGUUCAACGUGUGUUUGAUCUUUAUACUCAAAAAUGUGAAUUCACUAUGCAAACACAACUUCGCAAUAUUGAGAGUGGUAAACAAAAUUUACCAGCAUGGGUUUUACCAGCAUUACUUCUUUUAGGAUGGAAUGAAUUAUGGUACGUGUUGUCUUCUCCAAUUUUGCUUUUAAUUGUUGUGAUUGUAACUGUUGUAUUUUUCCGGGGUUUCAUUAUCUCUCAAUGGGAGGCUUUUGAAGAAACCGCGCCUACUUGGCUGGUGUUAGCUGUCCAAACUUUUUUUCGACAUUUACAAACUGUGUAUGAAUCGGUAGUACCUCCACUUUCUGGUAUGGAACGUAAUGCUGAGGCGGUUAUUACUGCUGAUAAUGGUGAUAAUGUUGAUAGCAUUAGUGGAGUACGGCACAGGGAUCCGGUAAGAUCCAUUGAUGUUACUGCACGCUCCUCAGAACCACAAUCAAAAUCACCAGCAACAUCUAUAUUAAGGCCCCAUGGAGACCUUUCACCUAGCUCUACCCCAGGAAGUUCUCUUGUACGACGGAUGAAUAAAGAAAAAAAUAUGUAA